AUGGCUGGAGCAGACGACUCGCCCUUCCCGCCGCUGCUCAACGAGCUGGCCCGGGUGAGGCGGUCCAACCUCACCGCGGCCAUCGGCGACGUGGACAAGAUCAUCGACCUCCUGGCAAACGCACGGGAGCAGGUCGCCGCGGAGGCGGACGCACAUAGAAUCGGCAUGGCGAUGACGACGCUCCAGAACCCCGUAAAGGCACAGCUGGAAGCGAUAACAAACGACCUCAAAGAGGUGACCAAGGCGCAAAAGGCGUUUGGAAAGGCCCUCGACAAGGCCAUGCCUCAGCGGGACCUGCCCAUGGAGACGGACGCCAUGGCCGACCACCCGGCGCUCAUCAACCGCGCCAUAGCCAUGCACCUGCUCCGCGAGGGCCAGUUCUCCGUCGCUUCGACGUUCGUCCGGGAAGAGCAGCAGCAGCGAGAGCAGAACGAGACGACCGCCAUGGCUCACGCCGCCACGCCGCGAAGAGACCACGAUGGGGACGACGACAUGAACAAGGACGACGACGACGAUGUCGACGAAGACAACAACAACAACAACAACGAAGGUGCCGACGCCGAGAUGCACAGCCUGCACUCGGAAGACCUGCAGGACAAGUUCUCCGAGAUGUAUAGCAUACUCGCAGAGCUCAAGCAGCGCAACCUCAGCCCGGCCAUCGAGUGGGCUCGCCUCAACAAUGGCCGCCUCGAGUCCAAGGGCAGCAACCUCGAGUUCGAGCUCUGCAAGCUGCAGUACAUCUGGCUCUUCAAGGGCCACGCCGCCAACGGGCUCCCCAACGACGAGCGCAACGGCCAGAUGGGCGCCUUGGCCUACGCGCAGAGGCACUUUGCGCCCUUCCAGCGCCGCCACCUCAAGGAGAUACAGCAGCUCGUCUGCGCCAUGCUCUUCGCCUCCAACCUCGAGGAGUCGCCCUACCGCAACAUAUUCGAGAUCGACUCGGCGUUCGAGGACGUCUCCACGUCCUUCACACGCGAGUUUUGCUCCCUGCUCGGCCUGUCCGCCGAGUCGCCGCUCUACAUGGCCGUCACGGCGGGGUCCAUAGCCCUGCCCCGCCUUAUCAAGUACACCACCUACAUGAAGGAGAAGAAGACGGAGUGGACGACGGAGAACGAGCUCGCCUUCGAGACGCCCCUGCCCGAGUCCAUGAUCUACCACCCCAUCUUCGUCUGCCCCGUCAGCAAGGAGCAGACGACGGAGCAGAACCCGCCCAUGCUGCUCCCCUGCGGCCACGUCAUCUGCCGCGACAGCCUGCACAAGAUCUCCAAGGGAUCCAGGUACAAGUGCCCCUACUGCCCGAUGGAGGGCCACUUGCGAGAUGCUGUCAAGAUUACCCUCUGA